GAUCUUCACUACAUAAAUCUCCGCGUUUUCUCUCACUUCUGGUUCUUCGACUUAGGGUUUUAGUCUGCACAAAUUUCUCUCAAGGCGUCGCCGUGUGUGAUAACCCUCAGAAGCAGCAACAAUGGUGAAGGGAGCCCAAGGUGAAAGAGUCAGACUCUAUACACGAGGAACUGUUCUUGGUUACAAGAGGUCGAAGUCAAACCAGUACCCAACAACUUCAUUGGUUCAGAUCGAAGGAGUUAACACCAAGGAAGAUGUUUCUUACUACGCUGGUAAGAGGAUGGCUUACAUUUACAAGGCCAAAGUGAAGAAAGAUGGAUCCCAUUACAGAUGUAUUUGGGGAAAAGUUAUUAGACCUCAUGGAAACAGUGGUGUUGUUAGAGCUCAGUUUAAGUCUAACCUCCCCCCUAGAGCCAUGGGAGCUAAAGUGAGGGUUUUCAUGUACCCAAGCAACAUAUAAGAGGUGAUCAUUCCAGUUACUGAAAUCAUGGCCGUUGGCGUAAUUUGUUUCUUUCAAACUCCUGAGUAGUAUCUGUGGUUGCAGCCAAAUUUGCAUCGUUUAGCUGUUUAUUCUGUUUAGUGUGAUGGUAGUCGGCUGUUCAGCAUCAGAUCGUUUUCUUUAAUUAAUAUAGUUGUUUUCUCUACCUAAAGAAUCUGUUUAAAUACAGCGUAGGUAUUUUGUUGUCCAACAACCCUUAUGUGACUAAGGAAUCCUUUUUGAAAAAUCUGAUCUCCUUAAUUUGGUUUCUUCUUUUAAGUUUGGUUUCUUCAUUGA